AUGAAGCUGAACAUCUCUUUCCUGGCCACUGGCUGCCAGAAACUCAUUGAAGUGGACGAUGAACGAAAACUUCGUACCUUUUAUGAGAAGUGUAUGGCCACAGAAGUUGCUGCUGAUGUUCUGGGUGAAGAACGGAAGGGUUAUGUGGUCCGAAUCAGUGGUGGGAAUGACAAACAGGGUUUCCCCAUGAAGCAGGGUGUCCUGACCCAUGGCCAAGUCCGCCUGCUACUGAGCAAGGGGCAUUCCUGUUACAGACCAAGGAGGACUGGAGAAAGAAAGCACAAAUCUGUAUGGUGUUGCAUUGUGGAUGCCAAUCUGAGCAUUCUCAAUUUGGUCACUGUAAAAAAAGGGGAGAAAGAUAUUCCUGGACUCACUGAUACUACUGUGCCUCGUCGCCUGGGGCCCAAAAAAGCUAGCAGAAUCCACAAACUUUUCAAUCUCUCUAAAGAAAAUGAUGUCCACCAGUGUGUUUUGAGAAAGCCCCUAAACAAAGAAGGUAAGAAACCUAGGACCAAAGCACCCAAGAUUCAGCGUCUUGUUACUCCACGUGUUCUGCAACACAAACUUUGGCAUAUUGCUUUGAAGAAACAGCGUACUAAGAAAAAUAACGAAGAGGCUUCAGAAUAUGCUAACCUUUUGGCCAAGAGAAUGCAGAAGGCCAAAUAG